UGAUAAUGAGAUACUUAAUACAACCAAACAAAAAUCUAGAGAGAGAUAGAGAAUUUCAAGUUUUCAACGCAAAGCCCUCUCUUAUCAUCCGUACAUAUCUUCCAUUUCGAUCUUCAACUCCCUCUAUUCAAUUUCUUUAUAAUUAUAUAUAAAUAGUAUAUGGUGUCUACUCAGUUAUAUAACACAUCUUCUUCAUAACCUCUCUCUUUCCUCAUCGCUCUCUCUAUCUCUCUUUCUUUGUGGGUUCUAGUUUGUGUGUAUAUAUACUAUAUGCACAUACACAUAGGAAGAUAUGAUGGGUUACGAGCAGAUGAAUCAGAUGACAAUGACGACAACAGCGAUGAUGAAGAAUUACAAUAAGAAGGGACUAAUCAAUACUCCACAGAAGAAAAUGACGAGGAGAAGUGUGUCGGCUAUUGAUGGUGGUGCAGCUGCGACGGCUAAAGAAGGAGAUCGCCGUCAGAAUAUCAAGACUCUUGAUCUUAGCGGCAUGUCCUUGGCUUCUCUCUCUGCCUCUUCUAUCAACUUAGCUUCAAUCUCCAAACUCGAUCUCUCCAACAACAAUAUUCAGAAAAUUCCGGAAUCUCUAGUAGCGAGAAUGUUAAAUUUGUGGGCAUUGGAUUUGCAAUCCAAUCAGCUAAAAACUCUUCCAAACUCCAUUGGAUGUCUUUCCAAACUUAAGUUUCUUAAUGUCUCCGGAAAUUAUCUCCAAUCUCUCCCCAAAACUAUAGAAGAUUGCAGAUCGCUGGAAGAGCUGAACGCCAACUUCAACGAGCUUACAAGGCUCCCAGACGCGAUAGGGUUUGAGCUAACGAAUCUGACGAAGCUCUCCGUCAACUCAAACAAGCUUGUUCUCUUGCCAAACUCCGUUAGCUACUUGACGUCGCUGCGUGUGCUCGACGCGCGGCUAAACCGCCUUAGUUCCCUCCCUGAGGAUCUUGAGAACCUCGUGAACCUUCAGGUCCUCAACGUUAGCCAGAACUUCCAGCACUUGACGACGUUACCUUACUCCGUUGGGUUGUUGAUAUCUCUCGUGGAGCUUGAUGUUAGUUAUAACGGAAUUACGGUUUUACCAGACUCCCUCGGCUGUCUUCGCCGGAUUCAGAAGCUAUCCGUGGAGGGUAAUCCCCUCAUUUCCCCACCAUUUGAAGUGGUGGAACAGGGGUUGGAAGCAUUGAAGCAGUAUAUGAGCGAGAAGAUGACCGAGUCUUAUAAGAAAACUCCGACCAAGAAAAAGUCUUGGGGCAUUGGUAAGCUCGUAAAGUACGGCCUGAGCUCUUCUCCGGGGAGGAGUACCGGCCGUGAAGACGGGAAGGAAGGCUUCAUCAAUGUAUCUGAUUACCGCCAAAUCGACGGAAUCGCCUCACCGCGACAUGUGUCCCUCUUCAACCCGCGACGCCUCUUGUCUCCACUCUCCGCGUAUUUCUCUCCUCCUAGGUAUUAGCUUAUUUAGGUGUGUUGUCUGUCUUUUUUUUUUUCAUCUUCUACAUACGAUUCCAUACCGUUUUCACUGUUACAUCCAUGUAGUGUUAAAUUGUUAAUGUUCUUUUACGUUGUUUUCUGCAUGCUUGGUGUGAGGAUAAAAUUUAAUUAAAUUGUGUAUACGUUUUUUUUUCCCUGUCUCAUAGAAUUUUUCUAUGGCUUUUCUCAUUUCGUUGUAUUGUAGUUCAAUUUUGUUGAACACAUUUGUAAACUAUUACAUAGACACUUAAUAUUUUACUAUGUAUAUAAUGUAAAAUCGCAUUUUUGAAAGUACUCCACCAUCCUUCUCA